AUGAAAAGGCUGCAGCUCCAACGAUGGAGCAGUUCGGUCCUUUCGCCGCAGGUCCGGACUGGUAGCCGCCUGCAGCACCAUCUCUACACAGGACUCCGGUGCCAAUCGACUGUUUCGCCUGUGUCCCAGGCCGAGGACGAACCAUUGACGCAUGAACAAUUGCACGUGUCGCCAAUUCCUUCCCCCAACUCCCAAAAGUCCAAAUACAGCCUCCCCUCCCCGCCAGUAGAAGCCGCACGCGAGUCGGCAAAACUGGCCGCCCUCCACGCUCGUCUUUACCUGCCCUCACGGUUACCCCUCGAGACCCUUGCACGAUCGUUGGUGGAUGCGUCGGCGGAUCCGAAUUCGAAUUUUAACAAUGCAUCGCUGGCCACGCUGGGCCAUGACCUUUUGACCUACUACACCUCCGAGCACCUCAUCUGCACAUAUCCUCGACUCCCCAUGGCAGUUGUGUUUGCGGCGAUGUAUGCGUACGUCGGGCCCAAGACUUUAGCGUCAAUGACUCGGGAAUGGGGUGUGGAGCACGCUGCCACCCCCGGGGGCGAGGUUGAUCCCGGUUUCUUGCAGUUCAAGAGGAUCGACCCGGGGACCGAGAUCGGGGAGGGACAAUUGAAUGGGACGACACGGCCCAACGACCACCGGAGAUGGAGAGUGUCGAUGAGCUCGCGGGUUGUGUACGACAACGAAUUCGGUGAGCCGGUCCAAGACCCCACCAAGAACGAUGGGCCACCGAGGCCGCUCCCCCAGGGCAUCACCGCGGAGCAGGCUAGUGCUAAUUUCGUCCGGGCUGUCAUGGGAUCCAUCUACCUGCACGCUGGCCGCCCGGCGGCCAAGCGGUUCUUCGAGCAACAUUUCCUAUCGCGACACCUGAGCCUCACAGAACUGUUCGACUUUUCGCAGCCGGCCCGGGAUCUCAGUCGGUUGUGUGCGCGGGAGAGCUUCGAGCCCCCUGUGGCGAAGAUCAUCAGUGAGACUGGUCGCAAGAGUCGGCACCCGGUCUUCGUGGUUGGCAUCUACUCGGGUGAGGAUAAGCUGGGCGAGGGCGCUGGCGCCAGUCUGCUUGAGGCCCGAUCCCGGGCAGCGGUUGCGGCGCUUAAGGGAUGGUACUUGUACAGCCCAUUGAAUGUGCGCGUGCCCAGUUCGACGGAGGAGGAGAGUUCAGCACCGUGGAAGCCCGUCCAUGUGGAUCUGGGUGAGGUGAUUGUGUAG